AUGGCGAAGCAGACAAGAGAACUAACCAUCUCCUACAUUCUCCCUCUCCUCCUACUCCUCGCCGUCGAAUCUCACGCGCACAACGUCACGCGCCUCCUAGCAAACCACCCUUCUUUCUCCUCCUUUAACCAUUUCCUAACCCAAACUCACCUCGCCGACGAAAUCAACCGCAGAACAACCAUAACCGUAUGCGCCGUCGACAACGCAGCCAUGUCUGCAUUAACCUCAAAAGGCUACACAAUCUCAACUCUCAAAAACAUCCUCUCUCUCCACGUCCUUCUCGAUUACUUCGGCACUAAAAAACUCCACCAGAUCCGUGACGGCUCUGCUCUCGCCGCGACUCUGUUCCAAGCCACCGGAGCUGCUCCCGGAACAGCCGGAUUCGUCAAUAUAACGGAUCUGAGAGGAGGCAAAGUCGGGUUUGGUCCAGACGGUGGAGAUCUGUCUUCUUUCUUUGUCAAAUCUAUUGAAGAGGUUCCGUAUAAUAUCUCUAUUAUUCAGAUCAGUAAAGUGUUGCCGUCGGAUACUGCGGCGGCUCCGACUCCGGCUCCGGCGGAGAUGAAUCUCACCGGAAUAAUGUCGGCUCAUGGAUGUAAAGUAUUCGCUGAGACUCUACUCGCUAACCCCGGAGCUUCUAAAACAUAUCAGGAGAGUUUAGAAGGAGGCAUGACAGUGUUCUGUCCAGGAGAUGACUCCAUGAAAGGAUUCUUGCCCAAAUACAAGAACUUAACAGCUCCAAAGAAAGAAGCUUUCCUCGAUUUCCUCGCUGUACCGACAUAUUACUCGAUGGCGAUGCUCAAAUCCAACAAUGGUCCGAUGAACACGCUCGCUACCGAUGGAGCCAACAAGUUUGAGCUCACUGUACAGAACAAUGGAGAGAAAGUUACUAUCAAGACAAGGAUCAACACUGUCAAGAUCGUUGAUACUCUCAUCGACGAGCAGCCUUUGGCCAUUUACGCGACCGAUAAGGUUUUACUGCCUAAAGAACUGUUUAAGGCUUCGGCUGUUGAAGCUCCGGCUCCUGCUCCUGCACCGGAGGACGGAGAUGUUGCGGAUUCUCCAAAACCGGCUAAAGGGAAAGCGAAAGGGAAGAAGAAGAAGGCUGCACCGUCGCCGGAUUCUUAUGAUGAGUCGGAUUCGCCUGUGGAAGGGCCUGAUGGAGUGGCGGAUGAUGCGACCGCUGAUGAUGCCGGUGCGGUUAGGAUCGUCGAAGGAGCUAAGGCUGGUUUGGUGGUGAGCUUGCUCUGUUUCUUUGCUUCCUAUUGGCUUCUAUAG